AUGAGGACCACCCCUGGCACCAGCCACAUGCUCGGCAGCCUGCUGUUGCUGCUGCUCCAGGGGCCCCAUGCCCUUGGCUUCACCCCUCAACCCAGAGGACACCUCUGCCGGACCCGGCCCACGGACCUGGUGUUUGUGGUGGACAGCUCACGCAGCGUGCGGCCUGCAGAGUUUGAGAAGGUGAAGGUGUUCCUGUCCCAGGUCAUCGAGUCUCUAGACGUGGGUCCCAACGCCACCCGAGUGGGCUUGGUCAACUACGCGAGCGCAGUAAAGCAGGAGUUCCCGCUGCGCGCACACGGCUCCAAGGCCGCGCUGCUGCAGGCCGUGCGCCGCAUCCAGCCGCUGUCCACGGGCACCAUGACCGGACUAGCCAUCAAAUUCGCCAUCACCAAGGCCCUCAGCGACCCCGAGGGAGGCCGCACCAGGUCCCCCCACAUUAGUAAGGUGGUCAUCGUGGUGACGGACGGGAGGCCCCAGGACAGCGUGCUGGACGUGUCUGCCCGAGCCCGGGCCAGCGGAGUCGAGCUGUUCGCCAUCGGCGUGGGCCGUGUGGACAAGGCCACCCUGAGACAGAUCGCUAGCGAGCCGCAGGACGAGCAUGUCGACUACGUGGAGAGCUACAGUGUCAUCGAGAAGUUGGCCAAGAAGUUCCAGGAGGCCUUCUGCAUGGUGUCCGACCUCUGUGCCACAGGAGACCAUGACUGUGAGCAGGUGUGCAUCAGCUCCCCAGGCUCCUACACCUGCGCUUGCCAAGAGGGCUUCACCCUGAACAGUGAUGGCAAAACCUGCAAUGUCUGCAGUGGUGGGGGUGGCAGUUCGGCCACUGACUUGGUCUUCCUUAUUGAUGGAUCUAAGAGUGUGCGACCUGAGAAUUUUGAGCUGGUGAAGAAGUUCAUCAACCAGAUUGUGGAUACACUAGAUAUAUCAGACAAACUGGCCCAGGUGGGGCUGGUGCAGUACUCCAGUUCUGUGCGCCAGGAGUUCCCAUUAGGCCGCUUUCGCACCAAGAAAGACAUCAAGGCAGCCGUGCAGGGCAUGUCCUACAUGGAGAAGGGCACCAUGACUGGGGCUGCCCUCAAAUACCUCAUCGACAACUCCUUCACCGUGUCCAGUGGGGCUAGGCCUGGUGCCCAGAAGGUGGGCAUUGUCUUCACUGAUGGCCGGAGCCAGGACUACAUCAAUGAUGCUGCCAAGAAGGCCAAGGACCUAGGCUUUAAGAUGUUUGCUGUGGGCGUGGGCAAUGCUGUGGAGGAUGAGUUGAGAGAGAUCGCCUCAGAGCCCGUGACCGAGCACUACUUCUACACGGCUGACUUCAGGACUAUCAACCAGAUUGGCAAGAAGUUGCAGAAGAAGAUCUGUGUGGAGGAAGACCCGUGUGACUGUGAGUCCAUUGUGAAUUUCCAGGCCAAGGUGGAUGGGCUGCUGCAGGCCCUGACCAGGAAACAUAUCCUUUCUGAGGCAGCAGGGGCAGGCUGUGUGAAGCAUUGCAGAUAUCGACUUCUUGGAGCUAGCUGGAUUGUGUCAACUGGGACAAACUUUUGGAGUGAAUAUUCAUUCCUUCAGUCCUGUCACCACUCCCCUAAGUGGACUCUGUGUGAAAGCAAGCUCACGCUCCAUCUUGCUCAUAACCACAACUAUUAG